AUGGUGAGACUUGCUGAUACCAUUGAUGUUGCAGUUAUACUGUCUGGACCAAAUCAGGAAUACCAACUAAUGAACUUCUUGAAGAAUCUGCUGUACUAUCAGGGGAGAUUCAACUCGUCCAGUGAGGAAUGUAAACUAAAUUAUACAGUUCAACGUGACUAUGUCUGUCCCAAACAACUGACGGUUCUUUACAAUCCUUUGAACAUUCAUCUAUUUCUGGACAGUCUGGGUAUGGAUUUCAUCCUUAACGUAAUUCACACCUGGCGAAUUCGGGACGUAGAAUUCACCUUUUAUCCUUUUGAUUCACUGAUGCGUUACGUUCAGGCUAUUCCGGAUAUUCACACGGCUGGAAUCGCUGCCUUGGUCAAAAUUGCUGUGCCAGAAGUAAUCACUCCUGGAGUAAAUAAAGUAAUCCUCCUGGAUAGUGACAUGUUGUUCAGUGAGAAUAUCAACGUUUUAUGGAACGAGUUUGAAAACUUCAAUGAAAGUCAG